AUGGCCGAGCUAUCGCAAGCGAUCAUUCCCAGUCUGCAAGCCAUUGCGCUUGUAGCACCAAGUCUCUACACAGGUCUGACAUUUACCUACAGCCAUGUCGUGAUCCCGCCAUUGACCACUCACGCGCCGCCAAAGCUGCUCGCAAAGCAAUGGCUGCAAGCCUACCAGUUCGCGCCCAUAUUUGUUGCACCUCUCAUCCUUCUCGGCGCCUUCAGCAACGCGCUGCUAGCUUACUUAGCCGCGGGAUCCCCGUCGCACGCGUCCUCGCUCUACGCCGUAGCCGCUGUUGCGAUUGCCAGCAUCAUCCCUUACACUGCGCUGUACAUGGAGCCAGGGGUCAAUGGGGCUGGCAAGUGGAAGGCACAGGAGCUGUUGCGCGGCGAGUUCGAGUUGAAGAGCGAAGGUCAGGGCACGAAUAAGGAUACAGCGAGAGCGAGCUGGAAGAGGUGGGCGGAGAGUGCGGAUAUGAAGAUCAUUGCGGAGUUGUGGGCGAAGACAAACGCGUGGCGGUACAUUAUUACUGGAGUUUCCACUAUCAUCAGUGCGACUGCUACAGUCAUCAGAUAUUGA